GAGCCACAGGAGGGAGGCGCUGCUCGUGCUCCUCACCGGCGGCCUCGCGGGACGUCCUCCAUGAAUCAGGCUACCUCCUAGGUUUGUGCCACCCACUACAGCACACUCACGCCUUUGAUAACCACCUACAGUUUAUUUAAGAGAAGCAAGUGACGGGGAAGCACGCCAGGAGCGACCUAAGUGCGGAGGAGUGAGGAACGUAACACGGCUGCCCUUCCUCCCUGCCUGCCUUCACUCCCCAGCGCUCUCCGUCUCUACCCAGACGCUCCCCCAUGGUUGAGUCAACCUCAGGCAAGAUGAUUGAUGUUACCAUCAAGACGCUUGAUUCACAGAAUCGGCGUUACUCUGUCCCAGAUGACAUCACUGUAAAGCAGUUCAAGGAAAGAAUAGCAUCAUCUGUAGACAUUCCAGCAGACAAACAGAGGCUCAUAUACUGUGGCAGAGUUUUACAGGAUGAUAAGAAAUUAGCAGAAUACAAUGUACAUGAAAAGGUAGUCCACCUGGUGAUGCGGGCACCACCCCAAGCCAACAGCAGGAAUGGCAGUGGAGGAGCCAGCUCGUCUGCCACAGGGUCUCCAGGGAGUGGUUACCACCACCAUCACCACCACCAUCACCACCACCACCACCAUCGCCGGCAGCAGCAGCCAGAAGGUGCUCAGGUCCUUCUUGGGUCAUUUGUUGUUCCAGAAGACAGUGAACCUGUAGCCCUGCCUACCCAGGGACCAAGUUCAUCCGGAGUGCGGCUCCAUCAGGCACGCACCAUGCUGGACCGUGCUGCUGCUGUGCUGGACCGCCUGGACAGACGGCUGCAGGUACAGCCCUCAGCAAGUUCACCAGAAAAUGAUAAGGCAGCGGGCACAAGUCAGGGUGCAGAAGCAGCAGCAGCAGAAGCAGGUGCAAUGGAAACAGAAUCAAAUGAAGAGAGCCAGCCAAGCAGCAGCACUGGUGCAGAGGAGGCCACUCCCUCAACCUCUGCCAUCACACCUCCCACUGAAGAAAUGGAAGCACUCUACUCCGAGAUGGAUGCCCUAAACAACAUGGACCCAGCAACACUGAUUCCUGCACCCCCACCUCCCCCCAUGAUGGGUGCAAUCAACGGCAGUCUGGCUGGUGGCCUUGCACAGGCAGCCUCUGCUGCUGUUGCCUCAGCCCUCUCUUCUCUUGCUCGAGGAGGUGGUUCUGCUCCAUCUGUCCCCACCACUACCACAACCACAACCACCCAGCCGUCUACAGCCGUGAGCGGUACACCCCCAGCCACUGCCUCUGCCACGAGUGCCCCCACAGCAGCCACCACCACCACUACCAGCAGUGGCAUUAGCAGGAGCACCGGUGCAGUUCCUCAGGGUAGUGUGCGCAGCACACUUACUAUAAGAAUUACCAAUCCCUGGUCAUCAAAUUCAGAAUCUAGCAGCAGCAGCACCACAGCCACUACCAGCACCACCACUUCUUCUCCCUCUAACACCAGCAACACUUCAAGGAGUUCCAGCACAGUACGUGCUCCUGCACCUGCUGAGGCGACCACCAGUGAGAGCAGCAGAAGCAGGAGGAGCUCAGGCAGUCAGGACAGGGCUAGCCCAAGCAGCAGCAGUGCUACAGCCUCAGGUCCCUCAGAAGGAACUGGUGGGAGCAGCAGUGAGGGAGGUGCUGGCAUGGUGAGGCUGGAGCACCCUCGCUGUGCUGUCAUGGUGGAGGUGCUGGAUCAGUACACACAGAUUCAACGCCGGUUGGAGCCGUACUUGGCACGCUACUACCAGGCAAUGGCUAAUGAUCCUGUUUUUAGUGAUGGGGAGGCUGAUUCUCUGCAACAGCAACAGUGGCUGCUGUGGCGUGUGUCUGAGGUGCUUCACUUUGUGUCCCAUGCCAUGCAUGCUAUCAGUGACAUCAUGGUGGACCUGCGGCGUGCACCACCCCGUCAGCUGCGUGCCCGGCCAAUUAUCAUCCAGCAGCCAGCACUUGUCCAGGCACAGAUCAAUGUGACCACCAGCUCGGACCCGUCACGAGGAGGCAUGAGUGUUUUCAGCAGCAGCCGACCAACUACCACCACCUCCCAGUCCUCCUCCUCUGCCAACCAGUCCUCUUCCACCACUUCUUCCCAGACCACCACCACCACCACCACUAAUGUAUCAUCCUCAUCUACCUCCUCUUCCUCCUCCUCCACUUCUACUUCCUCCAUGUCAACCAGCACAUCAGCAGAUCCCUCUUCCAAUUACUUGCUGGUGUCUGGGCCAGCCACUGCUGUGCCCUCAACCACCACUACCACACCUGCUUCCUCCACCCCAUCCACUACAUCCACCACCACAGCCUCUGCUGCUGCCCCUCAAGCCCGCAACUUGGCAUCCCUCCUGAACUUGGGUUCCAUGCAAGGCUUUCCCAUGGAUGGUGGAGACCUGGUGCUGAUGGAAGUGGGGCCUCAUGGCAUCACUAUUGACUCAGUGUCUGCUGAAGGAGGCAGUACAGGAGGAUCAGCACCACCUCCUGAACUGAUACAAAACCUGGUGUCCUCCAUCACAAGCCAGCUGGGGAUGCACAUUGGAGGUGCUACCCCUUCCACCACUGCCCCAGCUUCCACAACCUCUGCUGCUGCCUCUUCAGCCUCUGUCUCCUCCUCUGCCACCUCAGCCACCACAGCCAACACAGGUGUGCCCAGUGCUGGCCCAGGACGCAAUAGUCAGGCUGCUGGCAACAGUGGCACGAACACAACCAACGUGACCCAGACGAGGGUGACCCACCGGCCCCACGUGCACGUCACGCCCCUCAACGUGCCAGGCAUGGGAAUGAACCAGUUUGACCCAUUCCUGCCGUGCCAGAGUCAUCACAUCCGGCCGGCCACUCGCAGGAGGCAUCAGGCACAAACACAGACCCAAGAUGGCAGCAGCCCAGUCCAGAGCAGGAGGAGAGCAGCAGGUGCCCAGGCCCAGGAGGGUGGUGCCUCCCAGAGUGCCCAGGCCCGUCCCCAGGUGGGCGUGUCACCUACAGCAUCCUCAGCCAAUCCUCUUGCUGUGUUCGCCAACCUGAUGGCUGAGGCAUUUGGGGGCAGGCAGGCGGCAGCUGCCCUGCAGGGUGACCAGCAGCCACAACAGCAGCAGCAACAGCAACAAUCCCCUGCACCAGAUGCCAGUGAAUCACAAAUAAGUGACCAAAUGUUUGCUCAGUUAGUGCAGGGAGUCAUGUCACAAGUCUCAGGCUCCCUCAAUGCAGAAGGUGGUGAGGGAGACAACCAACAGUCAGGUGCUACACUUCAUGAGUUCCUGCAGCCCUUUGAUGGGGGCAUGUUUAGUGAAGGGGAGGAAAACUCACUUUUCUACCAGCUUUUCAACACAGUGGCUCUGUCAUUGUCUAUUGGGGAUCUAGUGCAACUUUUCUUUGGGCGGUCAAGAACUGUGAAUCAACUGCGAGCACCCCUCCAGCGGUUUGUGAGGGAGCAGGCAUUGCAGGGGAACCAACCCACAGAGGAGAACCUCAAUCGUGCCAUUGAUAACAUUCUGCAGGACCUCCACCCACAUCUGGUCCUCACGGCAGGUGAGGCACGUGUCCAUGAAGGGAUAGACUAUGUUUACACGGUUCACAACUUUGUGAGGCAUCGCUUACAUGACAUCUUCAACCUUGUACUGAAUCACACUGAUGAGGAGACCUUUGGACCGUCACUUGUGUCCUUGAUGAGACGGACGGUUGGAGAGUUCAUUGCCCUUUCCCUCUACUGCUUCUCCGAUGGUGCUCAGGGACUGGAGAGGGUCCUGCAGGAGAGAGUGAGGUCUAUCAUGUCCGGGGUGAGUCCAGCCAUCCAGAACUGGUCCAUCAACACCUCAAUCAUGCAGCUGCGCUCCAUGAUGAGCCGCCUCACCAUAACAGAUGACUACAUCCGCCGAUAUGUGGUGUCUCCAGACGAAGGGCGGCGGAUGGAGGAUGAGCACAGCCGCCGGCAACGUGCCAAUGAAACCGCCAAUGCUAAGCCGCCACAGCGACCACUGGCACCCACCACAGAGAGCAGUGUCACUGGGAACAAUGUGGUGCAUGUAGCCCCAGCCAAUGGUCCCACUGUGGAGCCCAUGGAAGUUGAGGAAGUUGGCUGCAUGGAGGAGGUGACAACCACAGGUUCAGAGUUAGAAAUAGCUGUUGAGGGAGCAACUGGAGGAGCAAGUGAAGCCAAGGAAGAGGAGACUCUGGUAGAGGAGCCUCCCAUCAUCAUCACUGACAAGCCACAGCCCUGGCACUCAGCUGUUCCUCAGGAUUGGAUCCCAGUGAUUACCAGAGAUGUGGAGCGUCAGCGGCGAGGUGUGCCAGACACAGGCCUCAGUGAUGCCUACCUCUGUGGGAUGCCACUCAAGCGCCGGAAGCUGGCAUCCCAACACAAGCCACAUGGAUCUGUGCAGCAGGUCAUUCAGGACACACUCCGGCACUGCAUGCGGGGAGCCGGCAUCAACAGGGUGGUGAUGGACAGUGUAGUGGGAGAGGCAGCCAGUCAGCUGGGUGACUCCUUCGUGGGCCACAUGCGCACAUCCCUCAGAGACAGACUCAACCACAACAAAGACUUCCUCCCUGAAAAGUUUCCCAAGAGUGAAGAGAAUAUACGGAAAGGAAAAUAACUCCUAGGUUUAUUUAUACAUGGGGAUAUGGGUUCGUUGUUUCUUGCUGGAGAAAUGUGUCUUGAUUUAAGUUAGAGACAGAUGCAUUGUUGUAUUGGGUUGAAGAAUUGUUUGACACUCAUGUAUGGUACUCAUAAUGUACAGUGCUUUGGAAAGGACUCAAGAAGGAAGGCAAUCCCUCACUUAAUUGUUGUAAUAUAUAUGCAAAUAACUAGAAAGUGUCAUGAGGGACAUGUUUUACUUAUAUAUGCAAGGCACUACUGAGAAUAUAUUAGGGGUAAGUGACAUCAUAUAUUUGAGUUUUCUUUCUGACACAGUAUUUGAUCAUAUAAUUCAGAAUGUUCCUGGAAAGCUCUCACCCAGGACCUUGUUCAUGCUUUUUUGCUGAUGUUUUCAUGCCAAUGCCGAGCAAUUCAGCAUAGCAGGAGGCCACCACCUCUUACACUGUUUGAGAAGAAAUAGUAAAAGGAGAGCAAACUUAUGUCAGGCUUUUUAAGCAGUGUAUUUCCUUUUAAAAUACAUAUUAUAAAUUAUGUUACCUCCUUAAUUCGUGAUGGUAUUAAAGAAUAAAACAUGUCCUCUAA